CAGAGUAUAAAAGCUUGGGUUGAGCUCUGACGGGACCAGCACGAGCCAGCCUCCUUCACACGGCGCUACAAGCUGUACUAACGCAGACUCUCCUGAAGCCCCUCACCAUGUCUCAGACUGCCAAGUCCGCCUCCAGCCAGGGCACUGAUGCCAAGGACAAGGGAGCCCCUGCAAACGCUGCCACCAGCAAGGUCACCAAGACUGGGGAGCCUGGCAUGGGAUCCUACAGAAUGAUGCUGUUCGACCAGGAGAACUUCCAGGGCAGGAUGAUGGAGAUCCAGAAUGAGUGUAUGAACGUGUGUGACCGUGGCAUGGAUAGAGUGCGUAGUAUCAUUGUGGAGUGUGGCCCCUUUGUUGCCUUUGAGCAGACCAACUUCCGUGGGGAGAUGUUCAUCCUGGAGAAGGGAGAGUAUCCUCGCUGGGAUACCUGGAGCAACUCCUACCGCAGUGACUGCCUCAUGUCCUUCAGGCCCAUCCGCAUGGACAGCAUGGAGCACAAGAUUUGCCUGUAUGAGCUCUCCGACUUCAAGGGUAACAAGAUGGAGAUCCAGGAGGAUGAUGUACCCACCCUCUGGGCGCACGGCUUCUGUGACAGAGUGGGCAGCGUGAGGGUGCCAGGAGGAGCUUGGGUGGGUUACCAGUACCCCGGCUACAGAGGCUACCAGUACCUGUUUGAGUGCGGUGACUACAGACACUACAACGAUUUCUGCGCCUUCCAGCCCCAGAUCCAGUCCAUGCGCCGUAUUAGGGACAUGCAGUUCCACCAGAGAGGAUGCUUCACCUUUACCUCUGCCAGCAAGUGAGUGACGCCUGCAGGCCACCUGGUGACGUUCUAGCUUUUUAUCUUGCCAACAAAAAAACCCUUCCUCCAAUUCUCCACUCCUUUCCUCAACCUCCACCAUCACUGCUUCAUCCCAAAGGAAAGGCAGAAUGAGAGCAAAUACAAUGGGCAUGUUUAUGUGACUUUUUAUGGUGCUGCAAAUAAACAUGUUGUGAAAAACUGGA